AUGGCGAAGCCACAUGCUACCCUGAUUUUCUCUCGCCACGGCGAGUCCCAAUGGAAUGUAGACAACAGAUUCACUGGCUGGGUGGAUGUGGAUUUAUCAGCAAAAGGCUUGGGCGAAGCAAAGUCCGCAGGAGGUCUCCUUAAAAGUGAGGGCAUCAAGGUGGACAUGGCUUUUACCUCAUAUUUGAAGCGUGCGAUCAAAACCUGCGACCUGGCGCUGGAGGCAGCAGAUCAGCUGCACGUCCCGGUGACGAAGAGUUGGCGCCUCAACGAGCGAAUGUAUGGAGCCCUCACUGGUUUGGACAAGAAGGAGACCGUGAAGAAGCACGGCGCGGAUCAGGUGCAAAUUUGGCGGCGUAGCUUCGACAUCCCGCCACCUGACAUUGAUGAAAGCAGCGAGUUCAACCCUGCCAAGGAGUACGCUGCUCUUAACAAGGCAGACAUCCCAAAGACCGAAUGUCUUAAGGAUACAAUUGCCCGGGUUAUGCCCUUUUGGGAGGAGACCAUUGCCCCAGCGCUGAAGAGCGGCAAGACGGUAUUCGUCGCCGCUCACGGCAACUCCAUUCGUGCAAUUCUGAAAUUCCUGGAGGGAAUUUCAGACAAUGAUAUUACAGGCUUGGAAAUCCCCACCGGAAGGCCGCUGAUGUACAAACUGGAUAAGGAGCUCAAGCCGAUCUCCUGCGAUGAGGCAAUUGCACCUCUGAAGUUCGGAAAGUAUUUGGGCAACCUGGAUGAGAUCAAGGCUGCUGCAGAAGCAGUGAAGAACCAGACCAAGGUGGCGGCGCCGGCGGCAGGAGGCGGAGACAGCAAAAUCAUGGCAGUGAAAGCCCGAGAGAUUUUCGACUCCCGGGGAAACCCGACGGUCGAGGUGGACUUGUGCACCGCGACAGCGCUCUUCCGCGCAGCUGUGCCGAGUGGUGCAUCCACUGGCAUCUACGAAGCCUUAGAGCUGCGAGAUGGCGACAAGAACCGAUUGCUAGGCAAAGGUGUUCUGAAAGCUGUAUCCAACGUGAACGACAUCCUCGCACCUAAGUUGGUGGGCUUGGAUGUGACAGAUCAGGCCAAGAUUGAUAAACUCAUGGUUGAAGAGAUCGACGGUUCCAAGAAUGAGUGGGGCUGGAGCAAAUCCAAAGUCGGUGCGAAUGCCAUUCUGGCCGUGUCGAUGGCAGUCUGCCGGGCUGGUGCUGCAGCAAACGGCAUGCCACUCUACCAGUACAUUGCCAAGAUUUCCGGAAAGCCCACCGAUAAGUUCGUGAUGCCCGUACCAUCCUUCAACGUCAUCAAUGGUGGAAGCCACGCUGGAAACCGCUUGGCCUGCCAAGAGUUCAUGAUCCUCCCUGUGGGUGCAUCUAGUUUCAAGGAGGCGAUGAUUAUUGGCGCAGAGGUGUACCACAACCUGAAGAGUGUCAUCAAGAAAAAGUAUGGCCAGGAUGCAUGCAACGUUGGCGAUGAGGGUGGCUUUGCACCAAACGUGCAGGACAACAAUGAGGCCUUGGAUGUUCUUAUGGAAGCAAUCGCCAAGUCGGGCCACAGCGACAAGGUGAAGAUUGGCACAGAUGUUGCAGCUUCCGAGUUCUACACUGCGGAGAAGAAGCAUUACGACUUGGACUUCAAGAAUCCAAGCAGCCCAGCAGAGAUGAAGAAGACUGCUCCACAGCUGGCAGAUUAUUACAAGGCAUGGCUGGACAAGUACCCCUUCGUUUCCAUCGAGGAUCCCUUCGACCAAGACGACUGGGAUGCUUACAAGCACUUCAUGGGCGAGGUGGGUCAGCGUGUUCAAAUCGUGGGGGAUGACCUGCUGGUGACAAACCCAACACGCGUCAAGAAGGCCUUGGAGGUUGGUGCCUGCAACGCACUGCUGCUGAAGGUGAAUCAAAUUGGAUCCAUCACAGAGGCAAUUGAGGCUGCAACAAUGUCUCAGAACGCCGGAUGGGGUGUCAUGGUCUCGCAUCGGUCUGGUGAAACCGAGGACUCUUUCAUUGCUGAUUUGGUUGUAGGCCUACGUACCGGACAGAUCAAGACUGGAGCGCCAUGCCGAUCCGAGCGACUUGCCAAGUACAACCAGCUGUUACGCAUUGAGGAGGAAUUGGGUUCCCUUGCCUCUUUCGCCGGCACAAGCUUCAGGAAUCCAAAGUGAAUUGCUGAUACCUUUCAACUUGUCGAUCCACUUGAGAAGAUGAUUUCGAACUG